AUGUCGUCCGACCGUGUAAGUUUGAACGUAAAGCUGGUAGACAAAAGCCGCACUGACGAGAAGGUUUGCCAAGGGUCCUUGUACCAGUCCGUCUGGCGCUUUGGGCAGGAUGCUGGCAUGUUGCUUCUCUCCACCUUGACCCGUGGGUACAUCUUCACACAUGGUCACCAACAGUGGAGCAGCCUGAGAUAUCCCAAUCUGAAGCUGGGGGAUGCUGGGGUCGUGGACGGAAGCACCGUGGAGUUUACCGGAGACUUUGACCCCUCCCGGGCCGCACCCCUCAUUCUUGAGAUCCAGCUGAGGGAUCGACACAAGACAGAAGAGGAGUACGCAUCGGUGGUUCCGGAGACAUCUGUCUGGGACCUUGGGAUGUCUGUGGGAAUGGAGAAGCUGUCCACGCUCUCGGGGCACAUCUUCUGCUACGAGGGUCAGCGAUGGAAGAGCAGCGAGCACCCAUCGCUGACUUUCGCGGAGGCCGGUGCCAGGAUGACGGGCGGAGGGCCGCUGGCGGUUGCCUUCGAGGGUGACUUCUCCAGGGACGCCGCGGAGGCAUCGUCAACUUCUUCUCAGGGCAUUGUGACACUUUCUGUCGUGCUGAUGGAUAAGUCCAAAAGCCGGACGGUCUCGGGCAAAGCCAAGCUGAGCGACAAGGUCUGGACGUUCGGAGAGGCAGUCGGCAUGACAACUUUGAGCACUAAGUCGAAAUACGUCUUCAGGCGGCAGGGCUGCGAAGCCUACAAGGAGCGCAUGUAUCCGGAUCUAACCUUGGCAGACGCUGGAGUGAAGGAUGGUGAUACUGUAGAGUUCGCCGGUGACUUUGACGUGACACUUUCUGUCGUGCUGAUGGACAAGUCCAAAAGCCGGACAGUCUCGGGCAAAGCCAAGCUGAGCGACAAGGUCUGGACGUUCGGAGAGGCAGUCGGCAUGACAACUUUGAGCACUAAGUCGAAAUACGUCUUCAGGCGGCAGGGCUGCGAAGCCUACAAGGAGCGCAUGUAUCCGGAUCUAACCUUGGCAGACGCUGGAGUGAAGGAUGGUGAUACUGUAGAGUUCGCCGGUGACUUUGACGAGCCUCCUAGAACCUCUGCUCCUCCCUCGACACCGGUGACACUUUCUGUCGUGCUGAUGGACAAGUCCAAAAGCCGGACAGUCUCGGGCAAAGCCAAGCUGAGCGACAAGGUCUGGACGUUCGGAGAGGCAGUCGGCAUGACAACUUUGAGCACUAAGUCGAAAUACGUCUUCAGGCGGCAGGGCUGCGAAGCCUACAAGGAGCGCAUGUAUCCGGAUCUAACCUUGGCAGACGCUGGAGUGAAGGAUGGUGAUACUGUAGAGUUCGCCGGUGACUUUGACGAGCCUCCUCGAACCUCUGCACCCCCCGCGACACCGGUGACGCUGUCUGUCGUGCUGAUGGAUAGGUCGAAAAGCAAGACAGUUCGCGGCCAAGCAAAGAUGAGCGAUACUGUCUGGAGGUUUGGGGAGGAAGUGGGCAUGCUCUCUUUGACCACCUCCACGCAAUCCAGAAGCGGAUACGUCUUCAGGCGGCAGGGUGGCCCACCCUACAGAAGCAACAGGUGUCCUGAUCUAACCUUGGAAGACGCUGGAGUGAUGGAUGGUGAUACGGUAGAGUUCGCCGGUGACUUUGAACCCUUCGAGUGGAUGCCGGUGAAGGUUACCAUCCGGGCCGAGCUGCAAGAUGCCGACGCCGGGCCCGAGGUCCAGAAGAUCGGCUUGUCCUUCAAGUCCCUGCCCCCUGAGCCCGUCGUGGUGCAGAACGUCGCGCCCGAAACAUGGGGCUCGGAUCGGGGCAUUCAAGGCGGACAGCAGGUGGUGGCCAUCAAUGGAGUUGAUGUUGCCACGAUGACGAAGGAGGAUUUCCGAGCAGCAAUAAAAGCGCGGCCGUUGACCCUGAGGCUGCGCAUCUCAGGCGAUCCCGAAGAGGAGCCUCUACAAGCAGCCGUGGCGGGGUCGGAAGUCGACAAGCUUGGAAUGUCGUUUCUGAGUCUCCCUCCCGAGCCGGUGAUCGUCAACAAAGUCGCUGCUGGCGGCUGGGCAGAGUCGGUCGGCUUCCUGGGAGGAGAGGAGAUUGUCGUCGUGAACGGACAAUCGCUCGCCGCCAUGUCCAGCGAGGACUUCAAGGCGGCGUUGCGCGUGAGGCCCCUGGUGCUCAGGUUUCAAGCGCCUGCAGAUGAAGAGGAGGACGAGGAGGAUGACCUCAUCCAGGAGGUGGAGGUUGGCCCGGAGGUGGCGAAGAUUGGCCUGUCCUUCCACAACCUACCUCCCGAGCCUGUCGUGGUGAACAAGGUGGCGGCUGGUACCUGGGCCGAGGCUGUCGGCUUCUUAGGUGGUGAAGAGAUCCUCGCCCUGAACGACGAGGACGUGGCGGCCAUGACAAGCGAGCGUUUCAAGUCGCUGUUGAAGUCGCGGCCCCUUCUGAUCAGGUUUCAGACGUCUGAGUUCGAGGAGGUCGUAGCCGGUGAGGAGGUGACAAAAGUCGGCCUGUCCUUCGUCGCCCUGCCACCGGAGCCUGUGAUCGUCAACAAGGUGGCCCCGGGCACCUGGGCUGCCACCGUGGGAUUCCGGGGAGGAGAGGAGAUCGCGGCCGUCAACGGCGUCGCCGUGUCGGAGAUGUCCAGUGAGGACUUCAAGUCGAUGCUGAAGACGCGACCUCUCGCCCUCAGGAUCGUCAGCUCCACGGUCACCGCAGAUGAGCCGGAGACGCCAUCCGCGGCGCAGGAGAAGCCCGGGCCCGCAUCGGAGGAGAUGCAAGACAAAAAGCGGGAGCAAGCGGCCACCAAGAUUCAGGCGGUGCUCCGGGGAAACAAAGCGCGGAAGGAAGGCCGCAGGAAGAAGCAGGACGAGGAGAAAGCAGCCACCAAGAUCCAGGCGAUCCAGCGCGGCAACCUGGCACGAAAGGAAGGGCGCGCCAAGCAGCAGGACAAAGUGGCCAAGGCUGCUCAAGACAAGCAGCAGGAGGAAGCCGCCACCAAGAUCCAGGCGAUCCAUCGCGGCAACCUUGCACGGAAGGAAGGGCGCACCAAGCAGCAGGACCAAGCGGCCAAGGCACAGCGCAGAGGGAUUGCGGGGCUAGCAAACCUCGCCCCUCUUGGCCGCCGGGAGGCUGCUCAAGACAAGCAGCAGGAGGAAGCCGCCACAAAGAUCCAGGCGAUUCAUCGCGGCAACCUUUCACGGAAGGAAGGGCGCACCAAGCAGCAGGACCAAGCGGCCAAGGCCGCUCAAGACAAGCAGCAGGAGGAAGCCGUCACAAAGAUCCAGGCGAUCCAUCGCGGCAACCUUGCACGGAAGGAAGGGCGCACCAAGCAGCAGGACCAAGCGGCCAAGGCUGCUCAAGACAAGCAGCAGGAGGAAGCCGCCACAAAGAUCCAGGCGAUCCAUCGCGGCAACCUUUCACGGAAGGCGAUGGAGAUGUGGGAAGGGCGCACCAAGCAGCAGGACCAAGCGGCCAAGGCCGCUCAAGACAAGCAGCAGGAGGAAGCCGCCACAAAGAUCCAGGCGAUCCACCGCGGCAACGUGGCACGGAAGGAUGGGCGCACCAAGCAGCAGGAACAAGCCGCCAAGGCCGCGCAAGACAAGCAGCAGGAGGAAGCUGCCACGAAGAUCCAGGCAAUCCAUCGCGGCAACCUGGCACGGAAGGAUGGGCGCACCAAGCAAAAGGACCAAGCGGCCAAGGCCGCGCAAGACAAGCAGCAGGAGGAAGCUGCCACGAAGAUCCAGGCAAUCCAUCGCGGCAAUGUGGCACGGAAGGAAGGCCGCAAGCGGGAGAAGUCGACCAAGGAUGCCAAGGAGGCCGCGCAAGACAAGCAGCAGGAGGAAGCGGCCGUCAAGAUCCAGGUGAAGGCCGACGUCUCCAAUGCAGCGAAUGGUACACAAACUCCCGCAGUGUCCUUGGGGUGUCCUGAGCUUUGCAUGUGGGACACCAUCAAUGCCACCAAGCGCGUCUUGGUGAGUGGGCAUUUGUACCAUUGCUCUCAACUCCAGAGCUUCGUGGAAGAUGAAGCGGACUCGCGCGAUUGCCUUUCGCUGAUCGAUGCGCUGGCCCCCCUUUGCUGCACCGGUGAGUCCAAUCAGACGACGGUGAUGAACAACACCUGCGAGGAGUGCGAUGCUUGCAUCAUCGAUGGCAUGUGCCUCCACGCCACCAUCUCGAACCCUUCCCUGAACGAGUCGAGUUGCUUGAAUGCUGGCACUUGGUGUGGCGACGGCGUGGACUCCGAUUCCCUUGCCCAGGAGAUCGACGCGCGGCUGCUGCAACGGGCUUCCAAGACGUCCUCGGAGGAGCUGCACACGGAACUGGAUGAGACCGUUACAUCCAAAUACACUUGCCAUACUGGGUCCACCAGGCGGCGCAACGUUCCCGCCAGAGAUUACCAGACAGUGACGCUGGAGGUAGGGGCAGAGGUGGCCCUGCACCGUGAGAAACGUUUCCUCCGGGUGCGCGAUGAUGGAUCUGUCGACAGCGGCGGCGAGGUUCCAGACCCACAGGUGAUUCCCGAAGCCUGGGAAUGGGAGCGCUUCACCGUCAUCGACGGCGGCGACGGGCAUAUCGCCUUUCACAGCCCCCAUUCGGGUAGAUUCCUCAGGUGCGACGGCCACACGCUCACCACCUAUUCCAUGGCUGCGGACGCUCUUCCUGCAGAUUGGACCUGGGAGAGGUUCGCAGUCGAGGACGCGGGGCGGGGAGAAGUAGCUUUGAAGAACACAGCGUGGGGCAAGUACCUCCAUGUGGACCCUCACGGGAACGUGAACUGUGCGGACACGCUUGUGAACUUCCAGCCUUUGAUCCUCAAGAUGGCAGAGAACCCACUGCCGAUUCUGCUGGGUAUCGAAGGGACGAGCGCGUGCCCCCAGGGCUACGUGGUUGCCACCAAAGAAACGUGUGAAGAGAUGGGGAAGCUUCUUCUCCCUGCGGGCAAGGUUCCCGCCAGAUCACUUCAGGAAGGAUGGUGGGAACAUAUGAACUGGGGCUGCAGCCUCUGGACGGGGCAGAAGGCACAUCCAAAAGGAGAUCUCACAGCUCACUGGAGCACUUUCACCUUGCCCAAGGUCAACGGCCAGCACAGCCCGGUUUGCGCCAGGACCUUCGAGGGAGACUACGUGGGCUCCGGAAUGUGCACAGAAGCUUCUUCGUACGCCUCAGCAGCCUGGGAGUUGAGCCCUAGCUACCGGGUGGAGCAGGACAAGGGCAGCAGAAUCUAUCAGGAUUGGAGGCAGAUGGCCAUCUACAAGUGCUUGCAGAAGGACCCGUCGACUGUCUUCGUGGCAGUGUGGCAGAACGCCGGCUACCGCUGCUACAACGCGCAGCAGUGCACUCUGGGUUGGGGCGGAUCUCCCACCCCAUACGUGUGGAGGUUGAACUCAGAGUUGGCUACGAUAAGGAAGUCAGAGUGGCGGGUGGCCCAGUCAAAGUGCCACGGCUACCCUCACACGAUGGAGCGCUGCCGCAGCGGCGACCUCCUUUUCCGCGCGGAUCCACACAGCCACCUGCCUUGUCAUUGGUCGCAGUUCCGCUGGGGCCCCGAUUCAGGCGAUGGCUCGCUCUAUUGGGACUGCUCGGGUUCGCAUGAGCGGACAGGCUGGGGCUCGCCACACUGGGGGCCAGUGAACUAUGUCGACGUGUACUACAAGCCCUGGGAUGGUGGUGCUUUCGACAUCUACCCCUACUACUGCUCACCUAAGCAGCUGCAUCCCAUCAAGAGUCCCUUGGACCAUGGGUGCUGCUCGAUUGGCUCGGGUGCGCUGGACCGAUGUCGCACGCAGCAGGUGAUCAGAAUCCAUCAUGAGGGCAAGGACCACUAUUGCUACAAGAACCAGAUGUGUCAGUUCGAGUUCGUUCAGCCAGUCACGCAAGGCAAAGACUUGCAUUGGUAUUGCGGACACCACCACGAGACGAUGCGCUGGGGCCUGUAUUACGACACGCUGCAGGUCCAUUACCACUCGGAUGGCAAGAUCGAAUGGAACCCAUGGUGGUGUGGCCGAGCCACUGAGGGGAGAACCCCGCCUUCCGUCACCAACAAGUUCACGCACCUUUUUGGAUUGGACACAGCUGGUGAUCUCGUCUCCGACAACAACAAGAAGCUGAGUGCUGACGACGUCAACCGUGACGUGCUGAACUUUGUCAAGAACAACAAGGCCAAAAUAUGUGGUGGCAUCACCGCUUCUGCGAUGUACGAUCAGCUCCUGAAGCCGUCAGGAGUUUGCUGGAGAGCCGGGAUGACGGGCCGAUCGUCUUUGUUCCCACACCAUGCAGACCACGGUACCAAGACCACCCUCCUGGAAGAAGGCACCGGCCACUGGCGUCACGAGAGGGAGGACAGCCCAUUCAUCGCAGCCGCGGAGAUGGUGAGGAAGAACGCCAGCUUGAUGCAAGCGCUGGCGUCCCAAAACGAAACCGACCGGAAGUUCGUUGAUGUGCUCUUCAACACCUUCUGUGAGAUUUCCGGAGGUACUGAUUGCCCCAAGAUUGGGAAGGUGACUUGUGGUUGCUACUGCGUUGACCCGGGCACCUGCGAUCAAGUCGUGGGCGAGAAGCUGGCCCAGGCGAUGCUGAUCAUCUUCGAGAUGGCGGCCGACAUCGCCAUGCUCGUCGGCACCGGCGGCGGCGCCAACGUCGCCAAGGCCGCCGCCAAGACGGCCGCGAAGACGGCGCUGAAGAAAGUCGCCGGAAGAGCGGCCAAGGCCUCCAGCAAGUUCAUCUCCCAGCGGGCGAGGGAUCUUGCCGAGUCCUAUGUGAAAAAAGGAGCCAGGCUUGUCGCGAAGGGCCGGGUGCUGGCACGGAAGGCCGUGGGCUUGAGUGACGAGGUCGCAGAAGAGACGACCAAGAAGCUCGUUCGCCAGAAGGCCGUGAAGGACCUGGGGAAGUUCACCAUCAAGGCGGAGGCAAAGAAGAGGUUGCGUGACGCCUUCAAGACAGCCCUGAAGGCUCACGCUUGCACCUCCUUUGUGGAUGCGGCUCUUGAGGAACAUGCCAGUGACAUGGACUGGAUGAAUGACCCUUCUUACCCUUUUGGCAAUGGCGAGGGCAUUGUGGGCAACUUGGACACAUUGGACAUCACGGGCGUGGUGGCAUUGGUUGGCAUCUUCCACGAGGCUGACUGCCCGGCCCAACUCGCCGAAAGCGUGUAUCACGACAACGGUGGAUAUGGCGAUGGCUGUCCCCGCUGA